AUGACUAAGGAUCGCCUUAGUGCCCUUAAAGCGGCACAAUCCGAAGAUGAACAAGAUGAUGAUAUGCAAAUGGAUACGGGCAAUGCCCAAUACAUGGAAGAAUUCUUCGAGCAGGUCGAAGAGAUCCGUGGUAGUGUCGAUUUAAUUGCAAACAAUGUCGAAGAAGUCAAGAAGAAACAUUCGGCGAUUCUUUCAAAUCCUGUCAAUGAUCCGAAAACGAAAGAGGAGCUCGAUGAGCUCAUGGCAAGCAUUAAACGGACGGCGAAUAAGGUGCGUGGUAAGCUGAAGCUCAUUGAGAAUGCAAUUGAGCAUGAUGAAUCCGCGGGAGCUGGGAACGCGGAUUUACGUAUACGCAAGACACAACAUAGCACGUUAUCACGACGUUUCGUUGAAGUGAUGACGGAUUACAACAAAACGCAAACGGAUUAUCGCGAGCGUUGCAAAGGCCGAAUCCAACGGCAACUUGACAUCGCCGGGAAACAAGUUGGCGAUGAGGACUUGGAAGAAAUGAUUGAAAGCGGAAAUCCUGGUGUUUUCACGCAAGGAAUCAUCACUGAUACACAACAGGCUAAGCAAACGUUAGCCGAUAUCGAAGCUCGGCAUAAUGACAUCAUGAAGUUGGAGAGCAGUAUUCGCGAACUCCACGACAUGUUCAUGGAUAUGGCGAUGCUGGUCGAAAGUCAGGGAGAAAUGGUGGAUCGGAUCGAGUACAACGUCGAACAUGCGAAAGAAUUCGUAGACCGAGCUGUAGCAGAUACGAAAAAAGCCGUUCAAUAUCAGAGCAAGGCUCGACGGAAGAAGAUCAUAAUCCUCAUCUGUGUCGUCAUCCUCAUUGCUAUCGCAGCGCUAAUUAUUAUGAGUUUCAUUCCUGUAGAACCCAUUCGAUUUUUGUUCCCAAAGUGUGGUUUCUUCGAUUUCGUUGAUCCUGAAUACGUCACAUACAAAAUGAAGACCCGUGUAACGCGUUCUCCAUUCAUCGACGUCGUUAUAUUAAUAAACGGCUAG